UUGUGCGAGGGGUUUAAGGGCAUACAAAAUAUAAAUAUCAGGUCUUAAUAGUGAAAGAGAGCAGUGGGCCGGGGCCCGAAUCAAGUUUAGUCCUCGGGAGCCCUCGCGUGCGCUCUCUUUUCCUGUGUCUGCUGCCGACGAAAGGGCGGCCGCCGCCAGACCUCCAUCUUCGUGACCUUCGUAGGCGGCGAGCACCCACCAGGAGAAGGCAUGGCUUCACGCAUGACACCUUCCAAGAGGCCUUUUCAGAGAAGAUCUUCAGACUACGAUGGCCGGGGCAAGUGGCAGAAGACGAAGCACCCUUCUCCACAUAAAUCUCAGUUCAAAAUCGAGCCUGGUGUUCCCAUUUUCCGUAUUCUCUGCCCGGCUUCAAAAUCUGGUAAUGUGAUUGGCAAAGGAGGUGCCAUUAUUGCAAAGAUACGUCAAGAAACCAGGAUGAGAAUCAGGGUUGAUAGGGCAGCCCCCGGCUGUGACGAGAGAGUCAUCUUCAUAACUGCUGCCAACAAGGAUGAAGAAGCUGGCAGCGAGCAAGGCGGAGAGAAUGACGGAGGUGCUGCUGCUUCUACUGGUGGUGACCAUGAGAAGGAUAAAGAUAACAACAGCAAGGAGCAAAACGUUGAUCCAGAGGAGAACAACUGCAACGAGCAGAAUGAUGAUUCAGAGAAAGGAAGUGGUAAGGAAGAAAUAGAUGGUUUCGAGAAAGACCAUGGUACGGAAGAAAAGAAUGAUUCAGAGAAAGAACACAAUAAGGGAGAAAAGGAUGAUCCCUUGGUUGCGAAAGUUACAAAGUUAGAACCAGAGAGGGUAAUACCGUUGGCACUGAAGGCCGUUUCACUUGUAUUCGAUAGGAUUUUUGCAACUGAAGGUAAUAAUGAAACUGGGAACGCAUCUGCUGCAAGCGCUCCUGUUUCGUUGCGAAUGUUGGUGCUAUACAGCCAAGCAGGUUGGCUCCUGGGGAAGGGCGGUAGUGUGGUUAAGCAAAUGGCAGCAGAUAACGGCUGUGAAAUCCGUGUUUUGAAAGACAACCUUCCGUCAUGUGCUCUGUUGAAUGACAAACUUUGCCAGAUCACUGGAGAGAUUGACUCAGUAAGGAAAGGUCUCAAUGCUGUAUCUGAAGUGCUCUUAGCUCAUCCACCCAAGGAAACUGAUGCAGUUGCUGAUGUUCAUUCUUCUGGAUCAUCGUCACGUUCUUUGUUCAGCCAGCCUGAUGGUCUUCCCUCUGGAAUGCAAUCUAACUUCCAUAUACCUUUGCAAGGCCCGCCAUCCCAAGCCAAUGGACCUUUUGAUAUAGUUGAUCUUCAACCUCCAAUACAUGGUCAUGCCUCAGUGGCUAUAGAAUCCCUCUCCUUUAGGAUGCUGUGUCCACAAGACAAGGUUGGCAGUAUAAUAGGCAAGGGUGGAAAUAUUGUUAAAACCAUUCAAAAUGAUACAGGCUGUGAAAUUAAAGUUCUUGACACUGUUCCAAAAACAGAUGAUCGCAUCAUAAGUAUAUCUGGACCUGCGCAUCCGAGUGAUGGAAUCUCCCCUGCACAGAAUGCCAUUCUGCAUGUGCAGCGUAAAAUUAUGUUACCUAGCUCUGAUAAGAAGGAAGGUCCUGCAACGUGUAGGCUGAUCGUUUCUGGAAACCAAGUUGGUUGUGUUCUCGGCAAGGGUGGUAGUAUCAUAGCUGAAAUGAGGAAGCUGUCAGGAGCAUUUAUAGUAGUGUUGAGCAAAGACAAGAUUCCAAGGGGUGUCCCAGAGCAUGAUGAAGUUAUCCAGAUAAACGGAAGUUGUGAAGCUAUUCAAGAAGCUCUAAUGCAGGUUACAGCUAGGCUUCGUAACCAUCUUUUCCGGGACAGAAUGCCUGCAGUGGGGCCUAAUAUGCGGCCACCUUUUGGUUUGUUAGAUCCCCAGUUUGGUCCAUUUUCGGGAAACCAUGAAUCAUCAUCCCUGUUUCAUAAAGAUUUCAUGGGACGACCAUUGGAUGGGAUUGCUGCUCCUUGGACAGUGAAGGGCAUGCGGGAUCUCAGCGAUCCAGUGUCAAUAUCCGAUAUCCCUGGAGCAGGGCAUAGAGAAGCUGGUGGAUUUCCAGGUCCUGGUCAGCCAUCUAUGAUGCCAAACUUGACUGCAGAGGUCUUGGUUCCAAGAUUAGUUAUCCCUGUUCUCUGCGGUGAGGAUGGAGGUUGUUUGGACAGGAUCCGUGAGUUUUCUGAAGCUAAGAUAACUGUCGCUGAGCCUACAGCCGAUGCGAUGGACACUGCUGUUUUGAUAUCUGGCACACCAGAGCAGAUGCAUGCAGCCCGAAGUCUCGUUGAAGCAUUCGUUAUGAGCGAAUCUUUUGGCCCAUGACAUGUCCAGAGUGAAGCUAGCGAUCAUAUGUGGGUUCAUGUUUGUGAAUAUGCGUCCCAGUCUGUCUGCAGAGUGACAUAUGCUCCAAGUGGCUAAUUAGGCUGAAUAUUCGACUGGAGUCCUCUUUCUGUCUGCAGAGUGGCAAAUGCUCCAGGUUGCUAGUUAUAUAUAAUCUUCCAAAGUCGUCACUUUGACUCUGAGAUACGGAGCACAUUUUGAGUAGCCGCAGAACUAUGUUGCUUAUGCAAGGAAGUAUUGUUUGGACCCGGAAAGGCUCUAACUUUAUUUUUGUUGUACUGAUGUUGUGAGAUGUACCACCAUUGUCUGUAUUUCAGUCCGGCUUUAUAUCUGUAUUUUAUGGUAUUGCUACCAUAGUUAAUAUGACGGUAAGGCAGCGAAAAGGCGUAAGCCGGGGAAUAUUAAAUAGUAGAAAUCUUUAUCUUUA